AUGGAGUGGAAUAGAGGCCACCCCAUAGGCCAUGGUUCAUCGGCCACCGUCUCCCUCGCCACUAAAUCUGGCGGCAUCUUCGCCGUGAAGUCAUCGGAGCUAUCUCAGUCAAAGCCUUUGAAGAGAGAACAGAGAAUUCUCUCUUCUUUAUGUAGUCCUUAUGUGAUAACCUACAAAGGGUGUGACAUUACCAUGGAAAACAACACGCUCUUGUACAAUCUCUUCAUGGAGCACAUGCCCUUUGGCACGCUUGUUCAGGAAACUCGCCGGCACGGUGGCCGGCUCGACGAGCCCGCGAUAGCUUGCUACACAAGGCAAGUUAUGCUGGGGCUAGAGUAUUUGCAUUCAAAUGGGUUGGUGCAUUGUGACAUCAAGGGUGCCAAUAUCUUGAUUGGUGAAGAUGGGGCUAAAGUUUGUGACUUUGGAUGUGCUAGGAGUGUUAACUAUGCCGCGUCUGUGGCGCCGCCGCCAAUCGGUGGCACGCCGAUUUUUAUGGCGCCGGAGGUGGCGCGUGGGGAAGAACAAGGUUGUCCUUGUGAUAUAUGGUCACUUGGGUGCACUGUGAUUGAAAUGGCCACUGGUGCUUUACCUUGGUCUAAUGUGGCAAACCCAGUUUCAGUUCUUUACCAUAUAGCAUAUUCCGGUGAGGUGCCUGAGAUUCCUUGUUUUCUAUCUGAACAAGCAAAGGAUUUCUUGGGGAAGUGCUUAAGGAGGAAUCCACGAGAGAGGUGGACAACUAGCCAACUUCUGAAGCAUCCCUUUCUUGUGGAAUUAUGUUCCAACAAUAAGCAAGUUGUGGAAUCUAAUUCAAGUUCCCCAACAAGUAUUCUUGAGCAAGGGUUUUGGAGUUCUGUGGAAGAAUCAGAAAGCCUUGGCAAUUUGAUUCAAAAAACAUGUUUUCGAAAAUCUCCUGCUGGCAGGGUCAGAAUGUUAGGUUUGUGUUCAGGUGAACCUUGUUGGGCAGGGCAUAAUGAUGAUGAUGAUGAGAAUUGGAUCACAAUAAGAGGGAAUGAGGGAAGGGGUGAAGUUGAAGCUUUUGACAAUUGUGGGUCUGAGACAGCUUCAACUAGUGGUGUGUCGGCUCUGAAAGAGUUGGUAAAAAGCAAUGUCAGUGAUAGAUUUAGUGGGCAUUUUUGUCAGGAUCACAAUUGUAGGGAUGCUAGUGUUGUAGUUAGUAAUCUCAAUUUUGAGAAUGGCAUUGCUAAGAUGCUACUCCAUUCAACAUUAGAUUUUUUAUAA